AUGGCUGCAAUAGAAUCAGUGGUCAUAAGAACAUUUAUAGACAGACACACAGGAAUGGAGCCUCUGGAGAUGGUAUUAGACUACUGUAAAUUCCAUGCUCAUGCAAAAUCCAACAGUAUACCAGUAGACGAUGUGAAGGUAUGGGAUAAUGAAUUCGCUGACAAAGCUCUUGCUACGGAUAAAAAUCAGACGACCUUCUGCCAAAUUCUUUUGGCUGCGAAUUUUCUUAAAAUCGAAGAUCUAUUUCGUUUGGUAUGUAAGGCCGCUGCAAAGUUUCUGAAACACAAAAGUGCGGAAGAAGUGCGGCAGAUGUUUAAGACAGAGAAUGAUUUUAGUGAGCAGGAAGAGGAGGCAAUCAAGCAAGACACAAAGUGGACCUACGCAUAA